UGCGCAUACACUGGGUAUUUGAAGAACAGGAAACAACCUUUCAACAGCUCAAAAGCGUAAAGAAACGUGGAAAUUGUGAACACUGCCGAAACAUCAGAAUACGUAUACAUCGGCAGAUAACAGAGAUAGAAACAGGGACGAAACGUUGUUUUCAAGUGAAGUCAUUUUAAUAGUGCUGCUGAGAAACAAUUUGUUUGGUUAGCCUGGGUGCGAGGCAAGGGUUGUGUUUGAAUCUCCGACUCGAGGGAGGCGCCCUCCUUUUAGCUUGUGCAUGUUGAACAUUUUAUCUUUUUAACUUUUACACCUUUUGGGGAAUCUGCUUGAAGAUGGGGUGUACUCUGAGCACGGGUGAUAAGGCGGCGCAGGAACGCAGUAAAAUAAUCGACAGGAAUUUACGGGACGACGGGGAAAAAGCAGCACGGGAAGUCAAGCUGCUUCUGCUCGGUGCUGGGGAGUCAGGGAAGAGUACCAUUGUCAAACAGAUGAAGAUCAUCCAUGAGGCGGGCUAUUCAGAGGAGGAGUGUAAGCAAUACAAGGCGGUGGUGUACAGCAACACCAUCCAGUCCAUCAUCGCCAUCAUCAGAGCCAUGGGGCGCCUCAAGAUAGACUUCGCUGAAGCAGCCAGAGCGGAUGAUGCUCGUCAGCUGUUUGUGCUGGCGGGAUCGGCAGAGGAGGGCUUCAUGACCGGUGAGCUGGCCGGAGUCAUCCAGCGCCUCUGGAAGGACGGGGGGGUCCAGGCCUGCUUCGGCCGCUCACGAGAGUACCAGCUCAAUGACUCGGCUGCCUAUUAUCUGAAUGACCUGGACAGGAUAGCCCACGGAGCGUACGUGCCCACCCAGCAAGACGUGCUGAGGACCAGGGUGAAGACCACCGGCAUCGUGGAGACUCAUUUCACCUUCAAAGACCUCCACUUCAAAAUGUUUGACGUGGGGGGUCAGAGGUCCGAGAGGAAGAAGUGGAUACACUGCUUUGAGGGAGUCACCGCCAUCAUCUUCUGUGUGGCACUCAGUGACUACGACCUUGUGCUGGCCGAGGAUGAGGAGAUGAACCGGAUGCAUGAGAGCAUGAAGCUGUUUGACUCCAUCUGCAACAACAAGUGGUUCACAGACACCUCCAUCAUCCUCUUCCUCAACAAGAAGGAUCUGUUUGAGGAGAAGAUCCAGAAGAGUCCUCUCACUAUCUGUUACCCGGAGUACGCAGGCUCCAACACGUACGAGGAGGCAGCAGCCUACAUCCAGUGUCAGUUUGAGGACCUGAACAAGAGGAAGGACACCAAGGAGAUCUACACCCACUUCACCUGUGCCACCGACACCAAGAAUGUGCAGUUUGUCUUCGACGCAGUCACCGACGUCAUCAUCAAGAACAACCUGAAGGACUGUGGCCUCUUCUAGGGCAGUGUGGUGGCCAGCGUGUGUUCAGUGACCAUUUUCUUUGGGACGUCUGUGGCUGGAGGGGGUUGGAUCAUGGACACUUUGUAGAGAACCUCACUUUUAACCUCUUAACUUUAAACUCAAAGUUUUUAAAAUGCCAUGUAGAAAACGUUUGUCUAAAAUAUUUGUACAACUGUCACUAUGGCUGGAGUUUUUCACUGUUUUUAAGAUGUUUUUGUUUUAACCGGUCAAGUUAUUUAAAAAAAAAAAGGAUGGAGGGUGGCCUUUGCAUUUGUUUCUUCUAGGAAAGGAAUGGACACAUUUUUCUGUUUAGGUACUUGUGCCUUUGCAUGCCUUAGUUCCAGUGUUUUGUUUUUUGGGCUAAAUGGUAGAUGUUAUAAUUGAAUACAACCCCCCCCCCCCCACCCCCCCACACAAAAAAAACAUAUCUCAAUAUUUGGGUUCUGUGACUGAUGGCUUCUGAGAAUUAGUGUCCAUGGAAUUAAUGAAAAAGACCAAUUUUAAGACCAACUUGCUCUUGAUAGACCAAUUCACACUGACACUGUGAGCGUUGUGUGCAUGACUGUGUGUGAGUGCCUUUGCUGCAUCACUGUUUGCUUGUGUGAAUGUGUGCAGCUGUGUGCAUGAAUGUGUUUGAAUGUGUGUGGACAUACAGUACCAGUCAAAAGUUUGGACACACCUACUCAUUCAAGGGGAUUUCUUUUAUUUUUACUAUAUUCUACAUUGUAGCAUAAUAGUGAAGACAUCAAAACUAUGAUAUAACAGAUAUGGAAUCAUGUAGUAACUAAAAAUGUGAAUCAAUCUAUUUCAAAUGUUUCUUUGAAGUAGCCACCCUUUGCUUUGAUGACAGCUUUGCACACUCUUGGCAUUCUUUCAACCAGGUUCAUCUGGAAUGCUUUUCCAACAGUCAUGAAGGAGUUCCCACAUGCUGGGCACUUGUUGGCUGCUUUCAUUCACUCUGCAUUCCAACUCAUCCCAAACCAUCUCAUUUGGGUUGAGGUCAGGUGAUUGUGGAGGUCAGGUCAUCUGAUACAUCACUUGCCUUGGUUAAAUAGCCCUUACACCGCCUGGAGGUGUGUUGGGUCAUUGUCCUGUUGAAAACAAAUGAUUGUCCCACUAAGUGCAAACCAGAUGGGAUUGUGUAUCGCUGUGGUAGCCAUGUUGGUUGAGUGUGCCCUGAAUGAUAAAUCACAACAGUGUCACCAGCAAAGCACUAUCACACCACCACCUCAAUGCUUCACGGUAGGAACCACACAUGCAGAGAUCAUCCGUUCACCAACUCUGCAUCUCACGAAGACACAGUGGUUGGAAAACAAAAAUCUCAAAUUUGGACUCAGACCAAAGGACAGAUUUCUACUGGUCUAAUGUCCAUUGCUCAUGUAUUUGGCCUUAGCAUGUCUCUUAUUGGUGUCAUUUUUAGUAGUGGUUUCUUUGCAGUAAUUUGACCAUGAAGGCCUGAUUCACUCUGAACAGUUGACAUGUCUGUUACUUGAACUCUGUGAAGCAUUUAUUUGGGCUGCAAUUUCUGAGGCUGGUAACUUCUUUCCUGUGGUGAUCCUCAUGAGAGCCAGUUUCAUCACAGCGCUUGAUGGUUUUUGCGAGUGCACUUGAAGAAACAUUCAAAGUGCUUGAAAUGUUCUGCAUUGACUGACCAUGUAUGUCGUAGAGUAUUGGACUGUCGUUUCUCUUUGCUUAUUUUAACUAUUCUUGCCAUAAUAUGGACUUGGUUGGACUAUCUUCUGUAUACCAACCCUAGUCACAACACAACUGAUUGGCUCCAUCGCGUUACGGAAAGAAAUUCCACAAAUGUACUUCUAACAAGGCACACUUGUUAAUUAAAAUGCAUUCUAGGUGGCAACCUCAUGAAGCUGGUUAAGAGAAUACCAAGAGUGUGCAAAGCUGUCAAGGCAAAGGGUGGCUGCUUUGAAGAAUCUCAAAUAUAACAUAUUUUGAUUUGUUUAACUUUUUUGGUUAUGACAUGAUUCCAUUUGUUAAUUCAUAGUUUUGAUGUCUUCACUAUUAUUCUACAGUGUAGAAAAUAGUCAAAAUAAACCCUUGAAUGAGUAGGUAUCAACUUUUGACUUGUGUAAUGUAAGUACAAAGGGACUUAAUUACUUUUACUUGUCAUCCUUUCUGUCUGGUUUCUGGAAAAGUGACCAAAAAGUCAACCUAAAAUGUAAUUUGACAUCACAUCGUUGGGGUGAUGUUGGGGCGGUAACAUUCCUACACCAAAUCAUUUUAAAGAAACUUUGAAAAGAGGAUGACAGCAUGCUACAGCAUUGUAGCAGACAGGAUCAUAGAUAUAAUGUGCAAAGCUAGACAAAGGGAGGUGGAUGGGUGGGAGUGCACUGUUAUGAUGAUGACUACGAUAUGAUUCGUAAUGGUUUCAGGUUACAUAUCUGGCCCCACCCCUCGGUUUCCAUUGGGUGGGGACGUUAGGGGACUAAUUUGCAUAAUUUUGCUAAUAAAUAGUUGCUGUGGUGAAACCACAGCAUCCUUCACAAUGA